CUUAGACUAUCCUUAACAAGACUUAAUUUAUUCAUGGUUAUUACACAAUCCUUAUAAUUGUACUCCAUAAAAGAAUCGGUUCCAUUAUUAAAGAAAUAGAUUAUUGGCAGCUGAGAUCUCCGUUUUGAUAGUAUUAUAUUAAAUUUCUAAAUUCUUCAGCAUUGAAGUUGAUAUCAAUUCGUUGAUCUUUUAAUUUCCUUAGAACUUGUGUAUCUAAAUGAUUAAUAUAUCAUUAAUAUGUCUUUGAAAUUCAGUAAGCUCGAGCACAUCUAAACUGCUUGGAAUGACCUCAGAUCUAAAGAUUAUAGAACUUACCUCUUUCUUCUGUUAGGUGUUUAAUAAAUUCUUACAUAUUUCAACUGGAGAUGCAUCUUCUGAUAGUUUAUUCUUUUCCUCUGAUAUGAAGAGACUUUACUGUUAUAGAUGAGGUCUGCUUUAUAAACUCUUACGUUUUAUUGCUUGUAAAACUUAGUAUUUCAAGAUUUGUUAUGCUUUCAUCAAUAGCAAUUAAGAAGUUUUUAGUAUCCUUUUAUUUUUUAUUUUUAAUACUUAGAGUCAGAAUCAGGGAGCUAACGCUACUUAGUCGCUUUGAAUUGUUAAAUAGGAAUAUAAUAACUCUCUUCUUAAAGCCCUGCAUUCUUCUAAUCCAAUUUUGAAGAUACUCUGAUAUCAUUAAGCUUAAUAUGUUAGAAAAGAAUUUUAAAGUUCUAUAAAAUUAUUAGUCAGACUAAAUUGGUGAUACUGCUUAAGGUGUAUACUUUCUCACAAUAGAGCAUUUGUGUAUAUUCAGCUUCAUAAUAAGCUAAUUGUUUUAACCAAAAACUACGGAUUCGUAGCAAGGAUUGCCACAAUGGUGUAUUUAAUAAGAAUGUAAAUUCCAAGAUUCUCUUAUUUUAUAAUAUAAAGCUGCUAUUAUUCAUAACAUACAGGUUAAUUUCCUAGCCAUACAUGAUGAAAUAUGGAGCUUUUAUUAAAUGAUUGCGCUUACCUUAGUUUCAAAUAAAUAUAUUAGAGUUUAUUAUUAAGCCUGAGUCUUUACUUACUUAUUACAUUCGGAAGUGUAAAAGCAUCUUUACUCUUAAACACUUCAAGUAUUUAUGGUGAUAAGAUGAUAUUCAAGGAAUAUCUAACCUGUAGCAUAGCUUUGUGAUAUCACCAUGUCUUUUGGGGGUUCUGUGCCUUAAUUUCCCUCUA